AUGAUGCGAUUUGCUAAACCAUUUGUCAGACAUGCUUCGACAGCAUCAGCAGCACCUAAACCAGAAAAGUUCUUACAAACUAUUGUCUUGAGUAAUGGAGCAACUUAUACCGUCCGUACGACUUCACCCACUCGUUCUCAAAUUCGUCUCACAAAAGAUACUCGUAACCAUCCACUUUGGAAUCCUGCCAUGUUGAAGGAAGGCGUGACGGAUGAAAGUGAACAGUUGACCAAAUUCCAGCAACGUUUCGGUGAUUUAGAUCUGUCAGAUAUCUCUUGGAUCGAAAGUGACGAGGUUGUUUCAACUACCUUGAAGAAGGCUGCUGCUAGUGGUGGCUACAACAAAAAGGCUGCUGCUGCUGCUGCUAAAGGAAAGAAGAAAUAA